GGUGGGAAGCGAAACGAGGCUGUGAGGCCGGUGCGGAGAGUCUUGAUAAGAGAUUUGUACUCAUCGAACCAAUAGUCAACUCCUCCUCCUAAAUUGCACACACACACACAUAGAGCUCAGUGAUCGCUUUGCCGAAGAGCUGGAUACCUGUAAGAAAACAACGUCUGUUUUGUAAUAACCAGUGCUGGACACGAACAAUUGUGCGUUUUUACGCAUUCCUUCCUUGCGUUUGUUAUUCUGUUAUAUUCGAUCGAUAUUCGUCGGUUUUGAAACGUUUUGCGCCAGCAUCCACAAGCAGUAUUGAAAUUCGCUGUUGUGAACUCAAGAGUGGAGGCCAGGAUACUCACCACUACAAUUCUGCCGUGUUUUUAGUUGUUUUUUCUUUCUGUAUUGUCUCUUGGAAUAAUUUUUGCCUUGUCCAUUUUGGUCGUAAUGCAAGCUGAACGUUUGCAGUAGUCCUUGAUCACUUUAAUCCGAUGACAGACUGAAAUUGGUGCAUUUUUGUGCAUCUUGAAAUCUGCAAGUUGAGCGCUGUUACUGGAUCCAGAAUUGACUUUGUGGUUUGCUGUUUUGGCCUGCAGAUCUGAGGGAGACGCUUGCAAGUGUAGCCCUCCAGUCUCCACGAUGCUCUUCCACGGGCUCCCGGGAGGCGAGAUGCAGGGGGUCAUCGACGAGAUGGACCGGAGGGUGAAGGGCGAAUCUACCGCCAUCAGUUCGGCUAUAGACAUGGGGGAAACUGAGACGAGUAUGACGUCCAUCAACAGCGACCGUGUGGCCUUGUGCGCGGGAUGCGGGGGAAAGAUAUCUGACCGCUACUACUUGCUCGCGGUGGACAAACAGUGGCACAUGCGCUGUCUCAAGUGCUGCGAGUGCAAACUAAACCUCGAGUCCGAGCUUACCUGUUUCAGUAAAGACGGCAGCAUCUAUUGCAAAGAAGAUUACUACAGCAGGAGGUUUUCCGUCCAGAGGUGCGCCCGGUGCCAUCUCGGGAUCUCGGCGUCGGAGAUGGUCAUGCGGGCGAGGGAUUUGGUCUACCACUUGAACUGUUUCACCUGUACUAGCUGCAAUAAAAUGCUCACGACCGGAGAUCACUUCGGAAUGCGGGACAGUCUUGUGUACUGCCGGCUCCACUUUGAGACACUCAUACAAGGGGAAUAUCAAGCGCAUUUCAAUCACGCGGGGGAUGUAGCCUCGGGCAAAGGACUUGGCGAGAGCGGCACGGGCAACUCGCUGGGGAUGCAGUAUUACAACGGCGUCGGUACGGGGCAGAAAGGAAGGCCGAGGAAAAGGAAAAGUCCCGGGCCUGGAGCAGAUCUGGCUGCUUACAACGCAGCGUUAAGUUGUAACGAGAACGAUGGAGACCACCUGGACAGAGACUCCCACUACUCCUCCAGCUCCAAGUCCAAGCGUAUGCGCACCUCCUUCAAACACCACCAACUGAGGACCAUGAAGUCCUACUUUGCCAUCAACCACAAUCCGGACGCCAAGGACCUGAAACAGUUGGCCCAGAAGACAGGUCUCACCAAACGGGUGCUGCAGGUUUGGUUCCAAAACGCCAGGGCCAAGUUUAGACGGAACCUACUACGUCAGGAGAGCACAGGGAUGGACAAGGUGUCGGACGGGUCCACUCUACCAGGGGGGUCGCCUUCGGGCCCCCACUCUGAGCUCUCCAACGCCUCAAUGAGUCCUUCCAGCACCCACACCACCCUCACUGACCUGACAAGCCCCUCUAUUCCGUCGGUUAACCCUCUACUGACCGCCGUGCCAGGGGGCAUGGACCCCCACGACUCCAUGAGUAUGAGUCCUUCCCAGACCACCCUUACCAGCCUCUUCUGAUGUCACGAACCCCACCCCAUCACAGACCACCCUUACCAGCCUCUUCUGAUGUCACCAACACCACCCCAUCCCAUC